CUGCUUCCCGCUUCCCACUCCCAGAGCUGUAUGCCGGCAUGCCCGUGGUGGGGACGUCCAUGCCGGUGCAGGCUGUGUGUCCCUACUGUGGAAACCGCAUCAUCACGGUGACGACCUUUGUCCCGGGUGCCCUCACCUGGCUGCUGUGUACCACCCUCUUCGUGUUCGGGUGAGUGGCUGCCCCUCCGCCACUGCAGAGGC